AUGGCUCGACUGUUGGGCGGCUCGGGUGCUGGGCGACUCGGCAGUUUGGCUGCUGGGCGGCUCAGCGGUGAAGGGGCCGGUAGAGGCGGCAAUGGGGCCGGUAGAGGCGGCUAUGGGGCCGCUAGGGGCGGCGACGGGGCCGCCAAGGGCGGCAAGGUGGCCGCGAAGGGCGGCGACGCGGCCUCUAGGGGCGUUUCCCUCGUGGCAUUCGACCCAACCCUACGCACGCCUGUGUGCUUUCUCCAGGCUGCAGGGAGUGGUGGAACGCAGGGAUCCAUCGUUGAAGACAUGGCUACAGAGCGACUGAUGGGGGUACUUGUUGAUGCGGUCAAAGAGGCGGUGCUGGCAGCUGUGAGAGAGGAGCUUGCUGCACACAAGGAGGACGUGGAUGAGUUGCGGCGCAUGUUGACUGCUGUGGGGGAGGGGAAUGAUGUGACUGCUGCUGUGGGGAAGGAGAGGGAGAGGGAGUUGGCAGCAGUGAAGGGGGUAUUGGAAGCGGUGAAAGGGGGUUUGGCAGCAGUGAAGUGGGAGGUUGCAUCAGUGAAGGGGGAGUUUGCAGCAAUGAAGGGGGAGGUUGCAUCAUUGAAGGGGGGGUUUGCAGCGGUGAAGGGGGAGUUUGCAGCGGUGAAGGGGGAGUUUGCAGCGGUGAAGGGAGAGUUGGUAGCAUUGAAGGGGGGAGUUGCAGCAAUGAAGGGGGGAUUGGCAGCAGUGAAGGUUGAGUUGGCAUAA